CAAUUUAAACAGUUAGAUACACAAAGGAGAGGGGAAGAAAUUAAUAAAGAAGGAAAUUGCCUUUGAAUAUAAAUGAGUGAGUUUUUCAACAGGCACUAUUUUGAACAUAUCCACAGAAGGAGCCAGGACAGGUGGACACCAGAAGUUUCCAGGUGUUCUACGGGUAGUGAACGUAUAACGUUGGGCUCACUGCUGUUGGAUACAUUUUGUGGCGCGUAAGGAGAUUGCGGAGAUCACUGAGGCUGGAUUAACAUAUUAAAAAAGAUGUUCAGUUUCACACUCCUCGCGUUCCUCUGCUGUGCCUUCUCUCUCAGUGCAGGGGCGAUUGUGAAACGCUAUGCUUCCCAUUCUGGCGAAUAUGGGGGGACGUUAGGAACCCGUUUCUCACACUCCGUAAACCAACUGGAUGGACCUAUAACUGCCAUUAAGAUUCGAGUCUAUUCCUCAUACAUUACGGGCCUCCAGGUCCGUUAUGGGAGAGACUGGAGUGAUUAUGUAGGUGGCACAGCGGGAGAAUUGCAUCACAUUGUCCUGCAUCCAGGCGAGGGCAUUGACCAUGUCUCCGGGAUGGCUGACUCCUACCUCCGCAAACUUGAAUUUCAUACCAGCCUUCGUCGUCACUUUUCUUUUGGGGUUGCUGCGGGCACUGCUUUUAGUGGGAUUCCACUCUUCCCAAAUUCUGCCCUCAGUUACCUUAGUGGCCGCGCUGAUUCCUCCUAUGUGUAUGCCAUCAGUUUCCACUGGCUCAUGAGACGUACUCAAGGAAAUCAGUUACAAGCAAAAACAAACUGAUGGAUAGGGAGGGGACACUGAAAAGUCUGUCUUUUCAGACAUCUGUUUGCAGCUUAUCUCCUCUUCAUUGAGUUCUUCCCUCUUUCGAUAACCUUGAUGCUGAAGAUUUUUUCCUGUCUAUUUCCACUUUCAUCAGUUUAAGUAGUACUAAUCUUUCUUCCAACUGUUUACCUCUUCUCACAUCUUCCACCCGCCUGGACACAUCUUCUCUUUCCUCUCCGACCACCUUUCCAGUGUUUAUUGUCCUUCCAAAUUUCCCACCCUGCC